UCGCGGAGAGUUGAGGCGAAGUUUGGGCGGCCGCGGCCGGCCCCGGCAGAGCUCCCUUCUGCGCCCCCGGCGUCCCGCCGCGUCCAGCCCCGCCGGGGGCGCCCCUGGCCGCCCGCGCGUCCCCACCCCCCAGCCAUGUCGUCCAUCCUGCCCUUCACCCCCCCGAUCGUGAAGCGCCUGCUGGGCUGGAAGAAGGGCGAGCAGAACGGGCAGGAGGAGAAGUGGUGCGAGAAGGCGGUCAAGAGCUUGGUCAAGAAACUCAAGAAGACGGGGCAGCUGGACGAGCUGGAGAAGGCCAUCACCACGCAGAACGUCAACACCAAGUGCAUCACCAUCCCCAGGUCCUUGGAUGGCCGGCUGCAGGUGUCCCAUCGGAAGGGGCUCCCCCAUGUCAUCUACUGCCGCCUGUGGCGAUGGCCGGACCUGCACAGCCACCACGAGCUGCGAGCCAUGGAGCUGUGUGAGUUCGCCUUCAACAUGAAGAAGGACGAGGUCUGCGUGAAUCCCUACCACUAUCAGAGAGUAGAGACCCCAGUUCUACCUCCUGUGUUAGUGCCGCGCCACACAGAGAUCCCGGCCGAGUUCCCCCCGCUGGAUGACUACAGCCAUUCCAUCCCCGAAAACACUAACUUCCCUGCGGGCAUCGAGCCCCAGAGCAAUAUUCCAGAAACCCCACCCCCUGGUUACCUGAGUGAAGAUGGAGAAACCAGUGACCACCAGAUGAACCACAGCAUGGAUGCAGGUUCUCCAAACCUAUCCCCAAAUCCGAUGUCCCCAGCACACAAUAACUUGGACCUGCAGCCAGUCACCUACUGUGAGCCGGCCUUCUGGUGCUCCAUCUCCUACUACGAGCUGAACCAGCGUGUCGGGGAGACCUUCCAUGCCUCCCAACCAUCCAUGACAGUAGACGGCUUCACCGAUCCCUCCAACUCAGAGCGCUUCUGCCUGGGGCUGCUCUCCAACGUCAACAGGAAUGCUGCGGUGGAGCUCACCAGGAGGCACAUCGGGAGAGGCGUGCGGCUCUACUACAUCGGAGGGGAGGUCUUUGCAGAAUGCCUCAGCGACAGCGCUAUUUUUGUCCAGUCUCCCAACUGUAACCAGCGCUAUGGCUGGCACCCGGCCACCGUCUGCAAGAUCCCACCAGGAUGCAACCUGAAGAUCUUCAACAACCAGGAGUUUGCCGCCCUCCUGGCUCAGUCUGUUAACCAGGGCUUCGAGGCCGUCUAUCAGCUGACGCGCAUGUGCACCAUCCGCAUGAGCUUCGUCAAGGGCUGGGGGGCGGAGUACAGGAGACAGACAGUGACCAGUACCCCCUGCUGGAUCGAGCUGCACCUGAAUGGUCCUUUACAGUGGCUUGACAAGGUCCUCACCCAGAUGGGCUCCCCAAGCAUCCGCUGUUCCAGCGUGUCCUAGAAACCUUGGGUGUGAAGGGGGAGGGUGGGAAGGGUGGGCUUGGGGAAAAUGGCCAUUAGGAGGUGGAGAAAGUCAGAGCUCUGCUCAACCCACUGUUGUCAUGAAAGAAGAAAAUUUUCUCCCUCAACCCAAGUGGCACCAACCUAUUCUCCAAAACACAAAGGCAAACCCAGAGAUGAAUUCUAUGAACAGCGGUAUCUGCUGAACCAAUUUGUCCUUCAGCCCUCAGUUGAAGGACAAGCAAUGGCUUCUGCUCGGGUAGUAUUUCACCACCUGCCCCUCCCCCAAACCCCUUCUUUUUUAGUGACAGCGAUCUGGGAUGCCAUGGUCCAGCAGGAAGUGUUCCUCUGGCCAGGACUGGAGUGUGGAAUUUACCUUGGAAGGGUCUCCUAGGUAGGGAAAAGCCUGCAUAGGCUCCCUAGCACUGUUGACAGAUGCCACUUCAACUGAGCAGUCACCAGCCCCACCACUCCGGCAAACCCUGUGCCUCAUGAGUUGGAUUGACUUGGCGUGGGGAGGGGCUUAUCUGUCUCCCUCCCCAACACCCCAGAACAUUCUGAUGGGCGUGAGCAAGCGUGUUUGGUAGCACAUGAACAAGGGGACAGUGGGAGAGGCUGGUGAGAGCCACACCUGCUUCAGAAACUCUUAAAUUUGUCCUUGCUAACUUUGCAGAGUUGGAAGGAUCUGCUGAGGCUCUGUGCGUAUGCACUGUGUGGCUUAUGUUAUCACAUUAAUCUCAAAGAGAUUUGAAUUACAUUAAGUAUUGACAUGAAGCAAGGGGCAGUUGUCACGUGAUGGCGUCUUGGCUAAGGCAGCACUACGUGGAGUGGGUCUCCCCUGGUCAUCUGUAAGAGCUCACUCUACAUUCUCAUGCACGUGGCUAUAUUGGUUUAUGUAGUCAGUUGCACUAAUUAAAUGAACUUUAUCAUA